AUGGGUUUGGGUUUGUCAGGGUCUGCUGCCCUGCCUGUGAUAAUCAUAAUCUUUCUGUUAACAGGCUUUCUUCACAACUGCUGUGAAGCCUACAAUGUUGGACUCCUAGAAGCAAAAAUAUUUUCCGGUCCAUCAACUGAGCAGUUUGGAUAUGCCGUUCAACAGUUUAUAAAUGAACAAGGCAAAUGGUUGUUGGUUGGCUCACCCUGGAGUGGCUAUCUGUCUAACAGAACUGGAGAUAUCUAUGCAUGUCCUGUUGGUACGAUCAAAACCGCAUGUAAAAAACUGAAUUUAGAAGCUUUAAUAAAUAUUCCAAAUGUGACUGAGGUAAAGGAAAACAUGAACCUUGGCUUGACUCUGAUACAGAACUCAAAAACAGGAGGGUUUUUGACUUGUGGUCCUUUGUGGGCACAGCAGUGUGGAAGCCAAUACUAUGCUACAGGAGUCUGUUCUGAAGUCAGUCCAAGUUUCCAGAUCCUAAGAAGUUUUUCUCCUGCUGUUCAAAAGUGUUCCUCUGUAAUAGAUGUUGUGGUGGUUUGUGAUGAGUCAAAUAGCAUUUAUCCCUGGGAUGCAGUGCGGGCAUUUUUGAAAAAAUUUGUACAAGGCUUAGACAUAGGCCCUAACAAAACCCAGGUGGGUUUAAUUCAGUAUGCUAACAAUCCCCGUGUAGUGUUCAACUUGAAUACAUAUCGAACAAAGGAUGAGGUUGUUAAAGCAAUGGAGGGAACAUCCCAGAAGGGAGGAGAUCUAACUAAUACUUUCAAAGCCAUUGACAAUGCAAGACAGUUUGCCUUCUCACCUGAGUCGGGAGGACGUCCGACAGCCACAAAAGUAAUGGUUGUUGUGACGGAUGGUGAAUCUCAUGAUGGCUCCAACUUGAAAACAGUGAUAGGCAAAUGCAAUGAAGACAAUAUAACCAGAUUUGGCAUUGCUGUUUUGGGAUACUUAAUCAGGCAAGAACUCGAUACUAAAAACUUAAUUAAAGAAAUCAAAGGAAUUGCUAGUCAUCCAACAGACAAGUAUUUCUUUAAUGUGUCAUCUGAGGCUGCACUACUGGAAGAAGCAGGAACACUUGGAGAGCGCAUUUUUAGCAUAGAAGGUACAGAUCAAGGUGAUACAUUCCAAAUGGAAAUGUCACAGGUGGGCUUCAGUGCGUAUUACUCACAAAAAAAGGAUGUUCUGCUGCUGGGUGCUGUUGGGGCCUAUGACUGGAGUGGAACAGUAGUUCAGGAGUCUUCAGGCAGAGUCACCACCUUUCCAAGCCACGUGUUUGAGAAAAUUCUACAGGACAGAAAUCAUAGCUCUUAUCUAGGUUAUUCUGUUGCUGUUCUGUCAACUCAGAGUUCCGUCUAUUUUGUUGCUGGUGCACCAAGAUCCAACUACACUGGCAGAGUAGUAGUUUAUGAUGUUGACAGUGAUGGCAAUAUCACAAUUGUGCAGUCCCAGAGAGGCGAGCAGUUUGGCUCCUACUUUGGCAGUGUGGUGUGUUCAGUGGACGUUAACAGGGAUUCUGUGACAGAUGUGCUGCUUGUGGGUGCACCAAUGUUUAUGAAUGACUUGAAGAAAGAGGAAGGGAGAGUAUACAUGUUUUCCAUCACCAAGGGAAUUUUGGAUCAGCAAGAACUCUUGGAAGGUCCACAGGGGUCAGAAAAUGCUCGCUUUGGAUCAGCAAUUGCAGCACUUGCAGACAUUGAUUUGGAUGGCUUUAAUGAUGUUAUAGUAGGUGCACCACUGGAAAACCAAAACUCUGGAGCAAUUUAUAUUUACAAUGGCUUUCAAAAGACUAUACGUACCAAAUAUUCUCAGAAAAUUUUAGGAUCGGAUUCUGCUUUUGGACAACGGCUCCAAUUCUUUGGAAGAUCAGUAGAUGGCCAUAGAGACUUAGAUGACGAUGACAUUACUGAUGUAUCAAUUGGUGCUGAUGGAAAUGUCGUUCUGCUAUGGUCACAAAGCAUUGCAAAUGUGUCCAUAAUUGCCUCAUUUAAACCUGAGAAAAUCAGUCUGCUGAACAAGAACACAGAAAUAACUGUCAAAAUAUGUUUUCAGGCUACAUUUAGACCUGCUAAGAGAAAUAAUCAAGUGGCUAUAAAGUACAAUGCAACAUUGGAUGCAGAUCUCCAGUCCUCAAGAGUGACUUCUAGAGGAUUAUUCAAAGAAAAUAAUGAAAGGUACAUGCAGAGGGAUCUUGAGGUACGUCAUGAGGCGAAUUGUGUUCAUGACAUCUUCAGUGUACAG